AGCCUAUGGAUGUUAUCACGUGACUUAACAAACUAGUGCUGCUGAACAAAUGAAAAAGACUGAAUGAUAUUUAACUUACGAAUCUUACACUAGAAAGAUGACUGAAUGAAGUCAAGGAAAACAUGAAAAUAAGAUAAGAAAGAAGGUUCCACAGAUAAGGAAGAAGGUUCCACAGAUAAGGAAGAAGGUUCCACAGAUAAGGAAGAAGAUACCUAUCUGAUAAAGUAGAUAAAGUCAAUGUCUCCAAAUAACGUUAUCAUUGCUCCUCCCCCGCCGCUCAGUGAUUUUCAAAGACGUGCUCUCACACUCUUCAUAAAGAAGAAAAGGUCCGGUUAUGAGAAGAAGGACGCUAUCAUCAGCCGGAAGUACAAGUGGUUGGAGGAUUUGAACCAGAGAGAUCCUGAUCUGGAGGGGAUAGAGAUAUCAGAGUCUAGCUUAGAGGAACUCAAGAAGAAAAGAGAGAGUUUGUGCGAAGAGAAACACAGACUGUUCGAGCAGCUGAAGAACCUGCUCCCUGCCACAGAAGAAGAUGAGAACCAGCAACAGUUCCCCCAAUAUCAACAAGGAGGCUACCUACCCCAGCAACCUGGCUACCAGCCCUCUUUUAAUGUUACUCCUGGGUACCCCGGUCCAGUGGGUUCUGUACCCAACUUCCACCCCACUCCCUACGCUCCUCCCUACUCCUCCACACCCUACUCAGUUGUUACCGAGCCUGUCACUCCCAAGAAGCCCUCCGAGAUGAGCCCCAUGCAAGGAGACAGGCAGAUCAUGAAACCCUCGGACAUGAGCCCAAUAAGCAGUCACGAAAGAAGCGGGUACAACAGGAGCUGGGACAACAUCAGUCCGGUCAGCAAACCCCCGGAAUCGGACACUCACGACCAGUACAACAAGUUCCCCUCCAGUGAAUACUCCACCCCCUCAGCUGCCACUAAGUACGCAGAGACUAGGGAGAACAGGAUAGAUUCCUUCACCAAAGCGUUUACAGAUACGAUCAGCAAGGCAAUGAUGUCAGAGCUGAACAUGUCCCUGGAGAGUGCCACCAAGACAGACUCCAACCCUGAAUCUCAUCCUUCUCCUCUGAAACCUGCUGAUCCUGCACCUGCUCCCUCCUUAAAGCCGGACUCCUUGCUCAGUCCUAAACACAAACCUAAAGAUAUUCCAGACAUUAAGAAACCGGAGCCAGCAGCACGACCGAGAUCACCUGGAGCAAGGCCGAGAUCACCUUCAGCACGACCGAGAUCACCUGGAGCAAGGCCGAGAUCACCUACAGCACGACCGAGAUCACCUACAGGACGACCGAGAUCACCUACAGCACGGCCAAGAUCACCUGGAGCAAGGCCAAGAUCACCUGGAGCAAGGCCGAGAUCACCUACAGCACGACCGAGAUCACCUACAGCACGACCGAGAUCACCUGGAGCAAGGCCAAGAUCACCUGAAGCAGUGAGAAAACCGGAGCUGAAAACAUCAGAGGUGCCGAAAAGAGGAGAUGGGAAGGUACCUGAACCGAGGAGGGUGGAACACACGGCUGUUAACAAGGGAAGGAAGUCUAUCAGUGGAACAGAGUCUAACUCUUCUGUCGCCUCCCUGAAGCAUCCUCCUCAAAGCCCACAGUUGAAACAGAGAAAAGAAGAGGUGUCUGACUUGCCACCAGUUAUCAAGAUUAGUAAAGCAGAAAUCCAUUCAAAAGUUAUGUCAUGGCCCACUUCUCAUCCUUUUGCUAGAAAGACAGGAGAAAGACCUCCCGACGUGGACAAAAAGCCGGCUGGCAAGAAGGAAAGUGCUGACUCCUCCGGGAGUUCUCUGUUGGAGUUCGCAUUCCAGUCCGCUCUCUUUGGGAACACACUGUUCGGAGACAAAGAGGCUGCUUCUCCUACUCCUGGCGCUGCCCCUCCUCCGCAAGGACCGAAAACCCCGCCCCCGACCACGAGCCAAGCCCCAUCUGAUCUCCUAACUGCUCUGUCUAUGAGUUAUGGCGGUGGUCACCCCAGAAAGAAGGAACCACAAGGAGAAGACAAAAGAGACCAGGAAAAGUCCAGGAAAAGAGACCGCUCCCCCGACGUCAGGUCCCCUUCUCCGGAGCUAGUUCAAGUGUACAAAACUGAACCUCAGAAGCCUGAAGAUAAGAAAGAAGAAGAUAAAGGAAAAGAAGGAGAAAAGAAGACGACCCCGCCACCGCCACCCCCUCCUCCUCCCCCUAUGAGGAGAAAUACCCCUCCUCCACCGAAGUCGACAACAAUCACUGCAGGCAGCGCCAAAAAGGUUGUGGUCUCCCCUGCAACUCCAACCAUGAGUUACGCUCCCUGCAGUCCGGGCACCUCCCCCGCGGUAGUAGCCCCCUCAGUCCCCUACUCCUCCUUCCAUCCUCCCCUCUCCUUCCUCUCUCCCACCCACCCUGGUGCUCAGUACCCUGGCUCCUCUCAGUACUCCUCUCCUAUACACCCUCACAAGUCUCCUGCUAUAAGGAGCCCCAUGUGUAAUCCUUACCCUCCUUAUCCUCCUCAUUCUCCAGGUUUAGGGAUGUUGCCGCCGCCGCCAGUACAACCACCAAUGGCGGGGAUGCCGCCUCUACCGCACAUGCCACUACUACCCCACAUGCCACCAUUACCGCAUCCGCAUCACAAAAAUAGAGGCUUCCCGUCGAGCAGAUACCCAUGAAACAGUCCGUUACUUUCAGUUGGGUUCAUCAUGUCUAAUGAAUUUAUGGAGCAUAAUGAUAGAACAUUUCAGUCAAAGUUUACCCCUCGAAACUGUCCUCAAUUUGUUUGUGUUAGUUGGUGAAGAAGUUAAAAAUGAGAACAAUUUCGAUGUGAGAAGCACGUUGGUUUUAGUAAGACGAUUUUAUGGGACAUAAUGGCGACAAAUCAAAUCUCGUGAAAUGUAAGGAUGGUUCACUCUACCCAGAGUUUCGUUAAAGCUGGAAUUGAUUAACUUUUUUGGAAUUGUUUAACUUUUUCAACUAAAAUAAGAACGUCCGCUGAUACAAAUGACCACUGAAAAUUGCAAAUUAGAAUUUCUCGUAGAUUC